AUGAGCGGGUGGAGAUGAAGUAUAUAUAUAUGUAGAGGGGUGAUAGUCAGAGUGGAGGGACGCAGUUCUUGGUACUGUAACACACCAUACAGCAUCUCAGCACAAAAGUUCUCAGCACAAGCCAUCAUGGAAGCUGCCAUCUCCACGCUCGUCACCCAGUUCAAGACAUACGCUGGGAAGGACGGAUCCUCCAGCACCCUGAGCAAAGAUGAGUUCCAAAACCUGGUGACCUCUCAGCUGCCCAACUUUGUCAAGAACGCCAGCGACGCCAGUGCGGUCGAGCAGCUCAUGAGCUCGCUGGAUGAAAACAACGACGGGGAGCUGACUUUCUCCGAGUUCUGGCAGCUGAUUGGGAAACUGGCGAGCAAACAGGGAGGCUUCAGUCAGUAGAGCUCGCCGUCUCCUGUCAGUUGUGGCUUUGAGCAGAUUGUGCAAACGUCAGUCAACUCAACUUAAGCUGUUCAAGUCCUCAGCUCAAAGGCAUUCGCAUUCUUUUAUCACCCCACCAGUGCCACAUGUGUAACUCUUUAGUUAACCAUUUGUUGAAUGCAGGGAACUUUGAAUUAAAGGCUUCAUUGUCUCAAGCGCUCAGCCACCAACA